GCACAUCAGUUUUUACUGUGCCAAUUCAUUUCUGCAGCUAGUUUGAUUGGGCCGGUGGGAUCUGCUUAUUAAUCAAUGUUCUUUUUUCUGCCAGGCCAAUCUGAGUUCUUCAUAUAUUAUAUAUAUGGUACGCAUAGUAGGUGUUUAGUCGAUCGGCUGCAAGCCAGAUUCAGCAUAUAAAUAUAAUAAUGAUGAUGAAGGUAGUAGUAGAGAUGCGGGAGCAGGUGUGGUCGCCGGGUGGAAAGAGUGGGUGGCAGCCGGUGAUGACGGGCGGGGACACAACCGUCUCAACUUACUGGCUGAACUGGAGGGUGUUGCUAUGCUGCCUUUGGAUUUUAAUGUCAAUCGUUUUUGCAAUUGUUCUGAUAACAAAGUACGAAGGCAGCAGAAAAGGUGGUAGCACUAGUAGUGGAAACAGAAGAAGAAGAGAUGAUGAUGAUUUGUGUGGGCAGCAGCAGCAGCAGGGGCCGGGAGUGUUAUAUGAAGAUGAAGUUUGGAAGACAAGCCUGAAGAAUGUGCACCCUGCAUGGUUCCUUGCCUUUAGAAUCUUUGCCUUCGUCGUUCUCCUCGUGAUGUUAAUCCUAUAUGCCGCCGUCGAUGGCUCCUCCAUUUUCUACUUCUAUACCCAGUGGACAUCAACAUUGCUUGUUAUCUACUUCGGGUUGGGAUCACUGCUCUCCAUGUACGGCUGUUACCAAUACCAUAACAGAGUCAUCAGCACCGAAACUCAUCAUCAUCAUCAUCAGAUGAUGAUUAGUGAUGAUGUAGAAUUUUAUGGCAGCAGCCCAAUUGCAAAACAUGUCCCUCCUCCAUUAUCACACCACCUUGAACCAGCAGCAGCAAACACAAAAGUUGCACAUUUCUGGGGAUACAUUUUUCAAAUCAUUUUCCAGAUGAAUGCAGGGGCUGUAACUCUCACAGAUUGUGUCUUUUGGUUUGUUCUAGUACCUUAUUUGACCAUCAAAGGCUACAAUCUGAAUUUUUUGAUCAUAGGCAUGCACUCCAUCAAUGUUGUUUUCCUGCUUGUUGACACCGUGUUGAAUUGUUUGCGGUUCCCUUGGUUUCGGAUUGGGUAUUUCUUUCUGUGGACAGCUGUUUAUGUCAUUUUCCAGUGGGCUCUCCAUGCCUGCAUCUCCAUUUGGUGGCCAUACCCAUUCCUUGAUUUGUCAUCUCCAUUUGCUCCUUUAUGGUAUUCAUCCGUGGCCCUUAUGCACAUACCAUGCUAUGGCAUAUUUGUCCUGGUAGUCAAGCUCAAACACCACUUGCUAUCCAAAUGGUUUCCUCACUCUUUUCAGUGCUCCACAUGACGAUGACAAAUAGCCGGCCAAUUCAAUUCUAGCUAGCUAGCUAGGAUAUAUAUGUGUAUGCUUUCAUCCAAACACACCACCGUCUUGCCAAAUUAUAUUGUGCCAACAUAUUUCAAUUUAAUUACCCUUCUCCAUAUAUAUGUAGCUAGGGGGAGGCCAGCAGGCUAGAAGGAAAAACACACACACACAAGUUUGACAGGAAAAAAGAAAAAGUGCUAGUUAUUAAAUUUUGAACUACUACUAGUACAUUUGGCAGUGGUCAACCACUCAACCAUGGGACAAAAGAGUUCGGGGAGGUUUGAAAUACUUGUCACCAAUGGGGUUUGGUCUAAGUGGUAAGCAACAUGAUUGAGUCCUUCUGUAUGCGCAAAAGCCUCACUCGGAGGCUCACCCACAUAGAGCAACGAAUAAUGCUAGAGUCAUAAAUAAAAUAUUCAUAAAAUUCAUAAAAUUGCUGAAUAUGU